ACAACCUCGACGGCAACCGACAUUUUCCCCAAUGUCCCAGUCGUACUUUUCUCAAACAAAACACUCUAAUUUAUCAUUGCCAGCGGAGACGCCGAUGAUGGGUGAAUCGCAGCUCAAGGGUGUGCAGGAGGCGUAUCUUGACCACAAGGACAGGCUCGUCAGUGCCAUUGACUCUACCAAGUCGAUCCUGGGCGAACUUCGCACUUUCAACAAGAACUCGUGGGUGGUCAGGUACCCUCAGCUCCGCGAGAACAUCCAGGAGCCUGCGGUCCCCAACCGCCGAAAGGGCAUGCGCCGCUCUCUCACUUUCGCCGACGAUCCCUCCGCAGCGACAGAAGUUGUUGUCUCGCCUUCUCUCAAGCGAGCGGUGACGCUGGCAUCGAUCGCUGAUGCUCUCGAGGCAGAGGAGGAGCCCACCGAACAAGACGGUGAGCGUCUCAUCCCGGCAUCCGAGUCGUCCGAUUUCCACGUCUUCCGUCUCGACCUCAAGCUCGGUGCCCACGGCUCUUCCAAUUCCCCUGCUGCCCUCGUCUCUCAGCUCGAAAAGUCAUCCAUCGCCAACCUGCUUGACGAACGCAUUGCUGGGUCUAUGAGCCACAUUGAUAAGCUCCGCGUUCGUGUCGAGGACACUUCCUCCAAGGUCCUUGUCACUGGAGACCUCAACGCGGGCAAGUCGACAUUUGUCAAUGCCCUUCUUGGUCGUGAGGUGAUGCCCGUGGACCAGCAGCCAUGCACGACGGCGUUCUGUGAGGUGCACGACGCUGCGGAGAAUGAUGGCGUCGAGGAAGUGCACGUUGUCAAGGACGGCGCUUCUUACAACGCUCAGGACCAGUCGACAUUCACUCGUGCGAAGCUCUCCGAUCUGGAAAACAUCAUCUCGGAGAACGAAAACUCAGAGAAGAUUCUGAAGCUGUAUCUGCGGGACGCUCGGAACCCGGACGACUCGCUAUUGAACAACGGAAUCGUAGACAUCUCGUUGAUCGACGCCCCGGGUCUUAACCGCGACAGCGUCAAGACGACGGCGUUGUUUGCCAGGCAGGAGGAGAUCGACGUCGUGGUGUUCGUCGUCUCAGCGGAGAACCACUUCACGCUAUCGGCGAAGGAGUUUUUAACGAACGCGAGCAAGGAAAAGGCUUACAUCUUCAUCGUCGUGAACAAGUAUGAACAGAUCAGGGACAAGGCCAAGUGCCGACGACUUGUGCUGGAGCAGAUCAAAGAAAUGAGCCCGAGGACGUACGAGGAUGCAAAAGAUCUGGUACAUUUUGUCGACUCGGCCUCCGUCGUCAAUUCAACUUCCACAAGCGGUGCCUUCGGCGAUCUCGAAGCGUCGCUACGUUCGUUCGUCCUUGUCAAGCGGUCAAAGUCGAAGUUGAACCCUGCGUCGACGUACCUCUCUCAUCUUCUCUCGGACGUCGACUUACUCGUUGGCGCUAACGCGAUCGUGGCGCAGGUUGAGCUUAACCGCGCGAAGGAGGAUCUCCUUAGGGCGCGUCCUGUCUUGGAGAAGAUGCAGAAUGGACGGGAGGCAUUAGAGGAUGGUCUUGAGGCUGUGGAAGAGCACGGAGCAACUACGACCCACUCGAAGACCAAGCAGAUGCUGAGCGAUGCUCUUGAGAGGGUCGGACAUGGUCUCCUUGCGGUUGAGAAACCGCUUGUAACCAUGCCAUCCUACCCCGGCCUGUUCGGUCUUUGGGACUACGCGCGCGAUGUCCGCAGGGCGCUUCUCGCCAGCCUUGACAUGGCGGUCAAGUUGGCCGAGGAUGAGGCGCGUUUGACGACUACCACUGGCGUAGAUAGUAUCUCGAAGCUCGGGGAUGAACAUCUUCCGGAGGGCGUCGAGCGCUCGCAGCGCGUGUUCAUGCCAGAAGCUAUGUUCUCACUCCGCAGCCGCGCAGGCAAGAAUAAUCGCCGUAAGAGCCGCCGGUCUUCACUCGGAGGCGCGGUCGUCGCAGGCGGUUACCUCGGGUUGGGCAUUGGCCUCGCGCAGCGGACAGACUUGCUCGAGCCAACGCUCCUGGAUCUCUUCGACAUCCAUCACCAGUUCUCGGUGCACUUCGGCGACGGAAAGGAGGGAAGCGCUGAUGGGGAGGAGACCGGCGCCAGUGCUCUCGGGGUUGUCUCUGUCGGCCUCAGCGCGCUUACUCUGGUUGGCGGUCAGACGCUCGGCGCACGUGGGCUCUUCGAGGGCAUCGUGCGCAUGUCAGACUUGGUGGGCAACGAGACUGCUCGGAAAUGGGCGGCGCCGGUCGUCGGCGCAUGCGUCCUCGGCCUCACGGCAUAUUUCAUCCUCGAGCUGCCCAGCACCGUCCCACGCACCAUCGGACGGCGGAUCCGGCGGUCGCUCACCAAGCCGGAGGAGGGUCAGGAGGCGAACGAAGAGGCGCUUUUCGUGAACGCGCACGCUAUGCGUGUGUCGCGCGAGACGCGCAAGGUGCUCAGGUUGGCAAGCUGGGAUCUGAGGGAGCGGUUCCGGGCUGCUAUGGAGGAGCGCGGGAAGGAGGUCAAGGGUGCGGAAGAGAUGGAGAAGAAGGCUGGGACGGCCGUGGAGUGGUUCCAUGAAGUCGAGAGGAGGACCAAGGAAGUGAGACAACAGGCCGGAUUGAUCAGUCUGCCUUGAGUCUGUGGGGUACAGAGGAUAUAGACAUGUGCGUUUUUCUUUAGCCUUGGAAGCGUCAACUCAUGUUCAGCAGGUACUCUGCCGUAACACGCCUCUUUCUCGUCUGGUGGUAUCGUUUGUUUCGUUCUGCUGUCCCCUUCCUACUUUACUUCAUCUUUCAUUUUUGGCCGGAGUCGUGGCCACGCGUCACGCUCUAGAGCUCCUCCUUUACAGGCUCCGACCCUCUUACGACGCUCCUUCUUUGCCCUCUCCUCUCUCGUCUCUCUACUUCACUUCCUCCCUCAUGCCAUGCCCCAUUUUACGCUCUAAGGCUUCUGCCAUGAUCCGCAGAUGUGUACGACUCCCUUCGUAAUCCAGGUUCGAUGUCGGUAAGAUGUUUUUUACGCUUUAUAUGGUACCUGGAUCAAACGUGCAGGGCCUGUACGUUGUGCAUGCUUUGUCUCCUUACAUGAUAGGAGAGAAUGUAUCCGUGCUUGAUUCCUGC